GCUCAGUCUGACAGCUCCAGAUAACAAGAGCAGCAGUUGUUGAAGAGUUUUUGAAAUGGCGUAUGAAAAGGUUCUUACCUUAUCAAACCUGCAUCUGCAACCAGGAACACUGAUUGAAGUUGAGGGAUUUAUGCAGCCUAACCCUGAACGUUUUUCUGUAGAACUGGGAACAAGUGAUAAUGAUGUUAUCUUACAUUUCAAUCCUCGAUUUAAUAACAUGGGCGACAUCAACACGAUUGUGUGCAAUUCUGUAAUAAGUGGAAAAUUUGGCACAGAAGAGAGAUUCAAAAACUUUCCCUUUGAGGGGAAUAAGCUAACCAAGCUCUGGUUCACAUUUAAUGGUGCUUCAGGUAUCACAGUGAAAUUGCAAAAUCAAGGCACAGUAAGCUUUCCUAACCAAACGACCAUUGGAACAAUAACAUAUAUGACCAUCCAUGGUAACAUCGAUGUGAAAGGCAUCUGGUUUCAUUACCCAUGACAGAUGAUAGCUUACCUGCAGUAUACAAUGUACCUGUAUACCACAUCUGGCUGCUUUGUUUUUCCAUAAUUAUGUUGCUUUUUCUUUUAGACUGAUUUUGAAGAAGCUUUUGCUUAGCACUUAUUCUGAUGGAUAAAUGUGUGUAUAAAAUUCAUCUUCCUGUUCAUUUCUUAUUAAACUUUUUUUUUAUUAAUUUU